AGGUAAAGAAAAGCGCUUUGCGGCCUUGUCCUUUUUUGUGCUGGCCUCGUGGAACGAAGAGGUGUCAACUGACCAGAAAGGGGGUCUGUUUCGUCCUCCAAAUGCGCUUCCUUUAUUAACCAUUUUGCGCCCAGAUCGACGUUUAUCAGGCAUCGACCUCAACUUGGUGGUCUCUGUGUCCUGUUUUUGGUAAUCGUAAAUCCAGUAGGCCUUAUUGGAGAAUGUUAUUUUAUUUUGUUCAUUAUUCCAGAAGAGGAUGUACCAAUACAGGUCUGUGUUUAACAUGCAGUCGAUAGGCUUCACCAGCUUCUGUUUUUCAUACACUUGACAAACAUAAACAAAAUACCCCCAUUCUCAUUCCAAGACCUGAUAUAAGACAGCAAAGAGAAUACAAUUCUCAUCGGAAAGUAGCACGCUCCAUCACUCUCAGUUGGAGCUGCAUUGAAAAAUCAUUUUUUCCAUGUUUCGAAAUAAACUUAAUCAUCAACCUAUUUUUACAAAUAUCUAAUUAAGCUUCGACGUCAACGCUUUAUGUACCAGAACAAGUCUUUUUUUUUUUUGCUGAUACAGGAAGUUAUGCAACCAGGGAGGCAAAGGGAUCCAUGAGGCGAGUAGUAUGACGAUUGAUCACUGAUACGAAAUGGGAAUGUCAUUCUGAUUCCCCACCUCAUAUUUCCCUGUUAUACUUUGGUCGAUAACUCUCGUACUAUAUGUCGGCGAUCAUCUGAUUUGCUUGUCGAUGGUCACAUCUGAACGCCGCUCCAACGCCUUUGACCGUCUCCUGUUUGUAAAAAAAAAUGCUUGGCUCAUCACAGGAGUAGUGUUUCGGGGGCGUCACAAGCAUCCACAAAGCACUGCCGAUGUAAACCGCAAAUGAACGGUGGCGUUGACCCUCUUUCUCUUCAUGGCUUUUCCACAGCAUCUUAGGAAACGUAAGUACCCGCUGACCCGGCUGAGGGAUGGAGUCUCUUUUUGGGGGUGAACUGGGCCUCCUGGGCGGGGGCGAGGGCCUCAGGGAUGAUGGCUGCGGUUUGGGGUCGGGGGUCAACUGGACAGCCUCGCCCAUCCAAGACGACAUGUACCCCUCGCACUUCGCCCUGGCUGCCGCCUACCAUGACAUCAAGACGCGAUUGGCCAGUCUGGAGCGAGAGAACAGCAGCAUCAAAAGGAAGCUGAAGAACUAUGAGAUCAAGUUUCCUGUGAUCAGUGAGUUUGGGGAAGAGAGGACUCUGCAGUGUUGUUCCUGUGAACCCAACGAGACCAGCCUGCUACAGUCAGAGACCACCAACCUGCAACAGAGAGUCAACUCACUCACACAAGAGCUUCAGAAGAGUAAAGAGCGAGAGGAACGGCUUGAGGAUGUCAUCCAGGCCUAUGAAAAGAUCCACAUGGAGAAGAGUAACGUUCAGAGAGACCUGGACAAGAUGACGACGCUGGCUGAGCAGCACAUGGGGCGUAUCUCCAGUCUGGAGUCAGCUCUGAGGCAGAGGGAGUCUUCGCUGCAGAAACUCAGCGCUCAGCUACACAGCAAGAACCACCUCCAGCUACACCCCAGUUUGGAUGUUCCCCGCGAGCGGGACGGGCGCGGUCCGACCCUGCAGAGCUCACGGAGUCUGGACGCCCUGUCUGACCUGAAACUGCAGCGGUUGGAAGUGGAGCUGGAGGGGGCGUGGCAACAGGCCCAGGGGGCAUGUCAGAGAGAGAAGGAGAUGAAGGAGGAGCUACAGAGGCUGCAGACGGAGAUCAAACAGCUACAGCAGGAUGGCCAGGGACAGGACGGGCCCACGCCCUGCGAGCACUGUGACGUGGAGUGGAUCAAGAAGGCGGGAGACGAACAGGUGAACCUGGCUCUGGCCUACACAGAGCUGACUGAGGAGCUGGGCCGUGUACGUGGCCUGGCUGGCCAACAGACUGACAUCCUGAGGAGGGUUUCCCACGAGCAAACUGGACUUAGACACUCGCCAGCUGCCCAGCGUCGCUCCCCUGCCUCCCAGCGCCUCUCCCCAGACCGCCUCCACCCUCACUCCUCUCCCUCCCCCCCACUCUCCCCUUCCUCACCCCCUUCCGGACCUGCUUCCUACUCCCCCACUCCCCCAUCAUACUCCCCCACCGGCACCUCUUACCCCCCCGCCGGCCCUUCUUACCCCCCCGCCGGCCCGGCCUCCUACUCCUGCCGCCCAACCAGCCACCGGUUGCGCGCUCGCUUCCAGGGUCGCCGUAGCUACUCGGAGGCAGCCGACUCGUCUGCCCACCAGAAGCCUGCCCUGCGGUUGCUUCGCGACCCCGUCUCCACCCUGCCCAAGCCCAGGAACGUGGGGGAGUCCGGGGCCUAUCCUCGCCCGUCCAGGACCUCCCUGGUGGGGCUCCCUCGGCCGGCCUCGGCCCGUGGGGCUAUAGGAGGUGGUGGAGGUGGUGGAGGUGGAGGAGGUGGGGGCAGUCUUAGCAGUAGCCCCCGGCACCACGCCCUGGACCUGGGUUUCCCACUGCCGGCAGAGGUGCACCACUUCUGUCGUCUGGAGGACCCGCCGGCCCCCACCCCUCUGGUCACCCCGCCCCAGUCGUCUGACGAGGAGGAGGAGGAAGAGGACUGGAGGUGCCCGUCCGCAGUCUCCAGCCCUCCCAGGACACUGGCUGGCCUGCGUGAGCCCCCUCCCUGCCCCUCCUUUCCGGCACCAGAAGGCCCAGCAGCCCUGUCCUGUCAUCUGCCUGGGUACCUGAACCCUGACCACGCCCAGUCGUGGCCCUCCAUCAAUCUGUGGAUGGAGACGGAGGAGAACGACGCCCGGAGCUGCCCGCUGUGUCAGCUGACCUUCCCCACUGGUUACCCUGACGAUGCCCUGAUCAAACACAUCGACACGCACCUGGAGAACAGCAAGAUCUAACCGCUGCCGCUGUCAGAAGCUGGAUCAGCCUACCCUGCCAAAACCUAACCUAUCACCAGGACAACACAAAACUGACCUUUAAUCAGGGGCUAGGGCAACUUUGUCCAGACUGCCGUGGUGUCAAGACUGUCACCUGCUGGACCAGACAGGAAUGACAGCGUCAAUAGAAAUAACACCACCAUUGCAGAUUCCCUUUGCAGUAUAGUCCUCUGGGAGAACACGGGAUCCACUGGCUAAAUGCUGGGGGUAGGUGAUUUAGUCUCUAAACCCAGGAAAGUGGUCCUCAAUUAGCUCUGUAUUUGACACUGUUAGUUUAGGGCUACAAUGAUGCCCGGUUUCUGAACGCUGCCCAUAUGUCCCAUGUCAUGUGGUACAGUCUUCGACACGGUUACCUCAAGCUGUUUUUACGACCAUCCAGUAAGGGGUCACCCCCCCCACCACACACACACGCUUUUGUCAAACCAGAAGGAAUUCUUCACCUAUUGACUAUUUUCUUUGAAAGGGCCUGUUCAUAAUUUUGAUACAGCAUUACUUGGAGAAUUCAGUUAUAACAAAAUUUGAAGAACACAGAAUCUUGAUGAAACCCAAUAUAUAAAUGUAGGAAUAGUUCAUAUCCCAAGUGUAUUAGUAUAAUUCAUCAAAUGACAUGAAGGAUUACAGACGGGGAUAAUGAGAACGGCUAUAAGUAGAUGUGAUUGUAUGUCAAGGACUUUCAAAAGGACAGGAUAGGAUGGUAUAGGAUAGCAUGGGAUAGGAGGGUAUAGGAUAGCAUGGUAUAGGAUAGCACAGGAUAGGAGGGUAUAGGAUAGCACAGGA